CUGAGCGACUGUGUUCGUGGGAACCGGCAACAAACCCUGCUACUGAACGACAACUUUAGAUUUGGCAUCGUUUUCAUUCGACAGUUUGCAACAGGUUUUUUCUUUUUUUUGCUUCGAAACAAAAUCUCAAGUAUUGCCUCUUUUUUCCCCCAGCGGAGUGUAUUGAUCGUGAUCGGCUGCAGACGGUGAUGGCUGGCUGAUGCCUCAGGCGCUGUCUUGACCACGUUUGUCACCUUGAGCAUCCAAUCCGGAAGACAAAAACAAAACACUGUGGAUGUCUUGAAUCAUGAGUGUCCUGGGACCUCAGUCGAGGCAGGCCAAUGGGGUGGCCAGAUCGGACAGCAAGAUCAGCGCCAAGGCCCUCUACGAACAGCGGAAAAAAUACUCCAACUCCAAUAUCAUCAUGCACGAGACGUCACAGUAUCAUGUCGAGCAUCUCUCCACCUUCAUCAUGGACAAGACAGAGUCCAUUGCCACGGUGGACGAUGCCAUCAAGAAACUCGCCCUUUUGGAUUCAAAAGACAAGAUCUGGACUCAGGAGAUGCUCCUGCAGGUCAGCGACAAGGCGGUCCGGCUGCUGGACUGUGACACACAGGAAGAGUUGGAGAACUUCCCUCUGGCUACGAUCCACCUGUGUCAGACGGUGCUCAAUCAGACACGCUAUCCCUCCGUGCUGCUGCUCGUGUGUCAGGACAACGAGCAGCACAAGCCUGACAUCCACUUCUUCCACUGUGACGAGGUGGAGGCUGAGAUGGUUCAUGCGGACAUCGACAGCGCCCUUGGAGACAAGAAGCAUGGAAAGAAAAUGAGGCCUCAGACCUUGAAGGUGAACCAGGAGAAAAUGAAGCGUCACAGAGAGACUAUUAUCCCUCCCUCUGCCCUUAAGGGCCCAGCCCCUGGUGGAAAGGGGCGAGUGGCUGCCACCAACAUGCAGGAUGUGGAGAGACGCACCUCGGGACAGAGCGACACCGAGUCCCAUGAAAAGCUGGCCCAGCGCAUCGAGAAAGACGUGCAAAUCCUCAACUGUGCCCUAGACGACAUAGAAAUUUUUGUGGCGCAGCUGCAGAAGGCAGCAGAGGCCUUCUCCCAGCUCAACCAGCGCAACAAGAGUAAGAAGAAUAAGAAGAAAGGACCAGCAGAGGGCAUGCUGACCCUGCGAGCCAAGCCCCCCUCUGAAGCAGAGUUCAUUGAUAGCCUGCAGAAACUGAAACUGGCCUUCAACCUCUUGGCCAAACUGAAGAAACACAUACAGAAUCCAAGUGCAUCUGAGCUGGUUCAUUUCCUCUUUGGACCUUUGGAGCUGGUGCUGCAGAGCUGCGGGAGUCCUGAACUGGUACGUUCAGUCAUCUCCCCACACCUGUCCAAAGAUGCCGUAGACUUCCUCAGGGGACAUCUCACCCCUAAAGAGAUGACUAUCUUCGAGCUGCUGGGGGAUGGAUGGACCAAACCGAGAGCUGACUGGCCCAGGGACCAAUGCGCUCCCCUUUACUACCCCAAGUUCCGUAACGGCUGGGAGCCUCCGGUCGACCUCUUCAGGCUGUCCCCGUGGGAGACAGAGGGACCAUCAGGGCCGCCGAUGUCCCCCACUAGCCCCAAUUACAAGAAACACUCGGCUGAGGAGUUUUAUGGAACUCAUUCCUCAAACUCCUCAAAUGGGUCUUAUAAUGGGGUGCCCUCCGCCCGCAAAUAUGCCAAGAUUCGCUACCACUUUGUUGCCCGCAAUGCCAAUGAGCUGUCUGUGCUGCAGGAUGAAGUGCUAGAGGUGAUAGAGGACAACAAACAGUGGUGGAAACUCCGGAAUCGCAGCGGCCAGGCAGGCUACGUCCCAUUCAACAUCCUGGAUGUGGUGAAGCUGGAGGAGCCAGAUAGCACCUGCAGCCAGUCUGGGCAACCCUUCAGAGGGACGUCACCUUCCAGCCCUGUGGGCCACGGGGACUUCGGCAUGGGUAGACAGAAAGAUAAAAUGCUGUUUCACCAGAUGGAUGAGGUCAACGAUGAGCUUUUAAAGAGAAUCACCACAAACAAGAGCCAGCCUCCUCCCAGGAACUACCGUGUGGAGCGCACAGCCGGCAGCCAAAUACCACUCACCUUCGACUCCAACCCACAGCAAGUCACCACGUGGCUCAGCGCCAAGGGAUUCUCAAAACCGACGGUAGAUUGUCUGGGCAUCCUGACCGGAGCCCAACUCUUUUCCCUCAACAAAGAAGAACUCAAGGCCGUGUGUGGAGACGAAGGCGCUCGCGUCUACAGUCAGAUCACUGUGCAGAAAGCAGAGCUAGAGCACAACAGCGGGGUCUCAGAGCUCCAGGUGGUCAUGAAUCGGAGGCUAAAGAGUAUCGACUCAAGCAGCAAGGACUGAACUCCAGCCACAGCCCUGCAUGCCGACCUCCGCCUGGCCAGCACGACUUUUUCAAACAGUCUACUGCUAACUUUGGCAUACAGUAGAAGAUGCUGAAAUGUCGUCGUAUAAGUUUUUCAAUUGUAUAUUUAUUUUAUAUCCAUGAAUAUGUAUGUAUUCAAUUGUUUUCUCAGCUAAUUAUGUCACUUUUAUCUUAUUACUUUAACUGUCUUAAAGAAAUGCUUGUUAUGCGAACAGAGGAACAUAUGAAUUUAUGUACAGUUUUUUGUGUGUGUAUGUAUGUGUGCGAGUGUGUUUGCAUGGCAUGCAUGUAACGUGUGUGUGUAUAUACAGUUCAUAUUCAGUUUCAAUAUUGCAGCUGUUUACUAAACGCCUUCGUAAAUGACUAGACCUUUGCUUUACCUAAAUGUCUGUGCCAGAAUGUAUGACACAUUUUCUGAUAUGUAGCCAAUUAUUUUCCUAUUAUUCUGUUGACAGAUCCUUCAAUAAACAUCAUGGUCUCAAAAUGUGCUACUCAUAGCUAGUAUUAGUGGAAGUCUCAUUAUAUUUGGUAGACUGUGAUCAGCCACAUCAAAUAAUGAAGUAAUUAGCUCUAUCUUUUUAUUAAUAAUCAGAAUUUGCUCACUUCAGACAUUCUGGCAAGCUCCCACCACAAUGUAAAGAAAAUAAUUUUGCAUGAACUCAUUGUCAAUAACAGUCUCACAAUAAUGCUGUGCUUUUAAUAAUGUGCUUUUUUGCAGCAUGGAAUCUUACAAUGUAAUCUGCACACAGGCAUGAAGGUAUACCAAUACAAUACCUUCUGUUCUUGGUCAGAAUAAAAGUUGUGUAUGUGUGUGUGUGCGUGUGUGUGUGUGUGUGUGUGUGUGUGUGUGUUAUUCUAAAAGGUAUGUUAUUCUGAAAGAUAAAGUCAGGGGUUGUAAAUAUUAAUGGGCAAAGAGAAAAUUCA